GUGUGUGGCUGCAAGUACCGCUAGCUGUCUAGUCAGUAGCGUCUGUAAUCGGACUACAAGUGGACAUGCCCGUAGAUUUGAGCCAGUGGACCGGGCCUCUUGCCCUGGAGGAUGUCGAUGAAAAGCCUGCACAGCCUCUGACCGUUAAAUACGACUCUGUAGAAAUCGACGAGCUUGGAAAAGUGCUCACGCCAACACAAGUGCAGAGUCGACCCACCUGCAUCGAGUUCGAAGGAUGUGACCCCAAUAAGAUGUACACUUUGGCCCUGACCGACCCUGACGCCCCCAGCAGGAAAGACCCCAAAUUCAGAGAGUGGCACCACUUUCUGGUGGUCAAUAUGAAAGGAAAUGAUGUGUCCUCUGGCUGCGUCAUGUCAGACUACGUGGGCUCUGGUCCUCCUAAGGGCACAGGUCUCCACAGAUACGUGUGGCUGGUGUAUGAGCAGCCAGGCAGCCUGUCCUGCUCCGAGCCUGUCCUCACUAACCGAUCUGGAGACGGCCGCGGCAAGUUCAAGAUCCAGAGCUUCAGGCAGAAAUACAACCUGGGAGCUCCGGUGGCGGGAACCUGCUACCAGGCCGAGUGGGACGACUACGUCCCCAAACUGUACGAGCAGCUGGCCGGAAAAUAGAUGAAAAGAUGCGACUCUAAAGCAUUGAUCACUAGGAAUUCCCUCAGAGGCUGCUGGUCUGUUGGAAAUCCCAUUCUAGCAAGAAGUAAAAAACCCCAACAGUAACAAAGCAUUUUUUGUGUGUGCCAUUAAACAGUAUGUUUUCUUCCAUUGUUGCCUAACCAUGCUGUGCUGUAACCAUGCUGCUCCUCUUAAUGACGUCACCUGCACUCUUCUGCAAUAAAUCUGUCAAACA